AUGUCCGACAUAGAAGAUCCAAUUGACUCAGUCGACGAAGGCGGCGACGACCUCUUCGGUGACGAUGGCGACGAUGAUGUCGUACCUACCAAGGAGCCUGUCCAUGAGGAUGAUGAACUUGCUUCAGAUCCAGAAGGAGACAGCUACGCGCGGUAUCGCAACGAUGACGACGACCAGACCCAGGUCCAGACAAAAGAACGAGCGAUUCAAAAUGUCGAAACCUAUCGACAUCGAAUUCCGAAGCCUAAAGAUGGCGCGCUUCGGAUUCUACGCAUCCCCAAGUUCAUGAAGAUAAUGCCUGAAGUGUACGAUCCCGAGACGUUUGAACCGACAGAAUUCGACCUGGCAAAUGCUAAAGCUGAACAUCCUAAACAUGUCGCUCGAGUACGAAAAGAUCACAGCACCGGCGAAUUCAAGAGUAACACAAACAUCUUUCACUGGAGCGACGGAUCAGUGACCAUUUCCGUUGGCGGAGAGCACUAUGAGAUCCAGAGAAAGGCGCUCGCCCCACCACCAGACAAGCCCUACAACGAGGUCAAUGACGGUCACUACUACGCUGCUGCCGCUGAGUUGCACAGCAACAUCCUCAUGACGGUUGGGCAUAUCACAGAGCAAUACAAUGUUCGACCCAACAAAGCUGUUGGAGACGACGCGCUGACUCUCCUAGCGGAGAGGAUGGCUGUCGCCAGUAAGCCUGCGAAUGCAACUGACAUGAUCAUCCAAACUACUGUCGACCCCGAACUCCAGAAGAAGCAGGCCGAAUUGGCUGAGAAGGAAAGAAUGAAGGCACAGAGGCGACGCGAGAACGCUGCUGCCAAGAUGGAUGGUGGGUAUGGCCGAUCACGAGGAGGGCUGUCCAUUGGGGACCUUGAAGGUGGCCGUCGAGGCGCGGCAGGCUCUCGCAAGCGCGGCGCACCUGGGUCGGGCAAACCUAGAAGACGGAGAGAUGAGGAAUCAGACGAGGAGCUUGAGCAUGCUGUUGGUCGGCAUGAAGGCUACUCGCUCGACGAUGGCUUCAUCGUCAAUAGUGACGACGAGGAAGUAGAAAGCGGAGGCGACGAUGACGACGAAGAUGAUUUCCCCGAUGACGACGAAGAGGACAAGCCACGCUCCAAACGUCAGAGGACAAGAGAUCGCAGUGAGGACGAGGAUGAUCUCAGCGAAGUCGAACAAGUGGCAGGAAGAUCCCGCAGGAGAAAUGUCAUCGACGAUGACGACGACUAA